AUGAGGGGUGUGCUUCUGGCUGCCCUUCUGGCUUUGGUCUUGGUGCCCAGGGCCCGGGCCGUGUGGCUGGGGAGGCUGGACCCUCGGCAGCUCCUCGGGUCCUGGUACAUUCUCGCCGUGGCCUCAGGAGAGAAGGACUUUGUGGUGGGGAAGGGCACGAAGAACAUCGAGGGGGUCAUGCUGACCCUCACGCCAGGAAACACCCUGAAGAUGCUGUCCUCCCGGAACCGGCUGGAGAGAUGCCACCUGCGUGCUGUGGAACUGAUGAAACAAAAUUCCAGAUGGGUGUUCGGGAAUCCCUCCCUGGGUGUUCUGGAGUACCGGGUGCUGGCCACCAACUUCAGGGACUACGCCAUAGUGCUCACACAGCUGGAGCUCCAGGACGAGGCCUUCAGCACCGUGGAGCUGUACAGCCGGACGGAGCUGGCCAGCCAGGAGGCCAUGGGCCUCUUCACCAAGUGGAGCAAGGGCCUGGGCUUCUUGUCCCAGCAGCAGGCCAAGCUGCAGAAGGGCCGUGCCCAGCUGGGCAGGGAGACCUGCCCCGUCCUCACUGCCGUCUCGCUUUCCUCCCCCAGUCACCUGUGCACGCAAGGUCUUUCAGGACAGCAGCUGUGCCGCUCCGAGGGCCAAGGGUAG